AUGCCGUCAGACAUCGAGACCUUCGAAAAUAUCUUCCUCGACCUCUCCCGUACACCGGGUCGUUUCCGCUUCGCCCCGAGCGGAAUGGGCUGGCGUCCGACCACCGGCGAGAUCUGGAAGAUGGCAAAUACAGAGCUAAGUACGGCACAGUGGAGCCGUGCGGCGCGCGGGUACGAAUUGAAACUUUUCACACGAACCAUGGGGAUUGUGCAGUUGGAUGGGUUUGAGCUUGAUGACCUAGAUAGGGUCAAGGAAUGCUUAAAAGCAUACUACAAGGUCAACCUCGAGCACCGCGAGCACGCGCUGAAGGGCUGGAACUGGGGCAAGGCCGAGUUUUCAAAGUCAGAAUUGUACUUUAAUGUUGCCAACAAGCCCGCUUUCGAGAUCCCCUUCGCCGAAGUGUCGAAUUCGAAUCUUGCCGGGAAGAAUGAGGUCGCGGUCGAGUUCGCUACCGCUGAUGCGGGCGGCGGCGGAACGAACGAGGCUGGGAAUAAGAAGAAGAAGAAAGCUGCGGCGCAACUGGACCAGCUUGUUGAGAUGAGGUUCUAUGUUCCGGGGACCGUAAAGAAGGGGGAUGAAGAGGCCGGUAGCGAUGCUGAAGGCGAAGAGAAGGAGAUGAGUGCUGCGAAUCUGUUUUAUGAUACACUUAAAGAGAAGGCCGAUAUCGGAGAGGUGGCGGGAGAUACCUAUGCUACGUUUUUGGAUAUCUUAUUUCUUACUCCUCGAGGUCGUUACGACAUAGACAUGUACGAGUCAUCCUUCCGCCUGCGCGGGAAAACCUAUGACUACAAGAUCCAAUUCGAGAACGUCAAAAAGUUCUUUCUCCUGCCAAAGCCGGACGACGUGCAUAACAUGAUAGUGAUAGGCCUAGACCCACCCCUCCGCCAGGGUCAGACCAAAUACCCCUUCCUGGUAAUGCAAUUCAAGCGUGAGGAAGACAUGGAAUUCGACCUGAACAUAACCGAAGACCUCCUCAACGAGAGGUACGCGGGCAAGCUACAGAUGCACUACGAAAACCCCGCGCACCAAGUCGUCUCGCAGAUCUUCAAAGGCCUAACCGGCAAGCGCAUAAUCACACCAAGCAGGGACUUUUCCUCCCACCACCAACAAUCCGGCGUGAAGUGCUCCUUGAAAGCCAACGAAGGCCACCUCUUUUGCCUAGACAAGGCCUUCAUCUUUGUUCCGAAGCCCGCGGUAUUCAUUACCUUUGACAAGAUUGCACACAUCACCAUGUCACGAGUAGGAGGUAGUGUCUCCGCCUCGAGAACAUUCGACGUGACAGUCUCGCUCAAGUCGUCCGAGGGCGGCGGUGAGUAUCAAUUCAACAACAUCAACCGUGAGGAGCAGUCCUCGCUGGAAGACUUCUUCAAGAGCAAGAACCUGCGCAUUAAGAAUGACCUCGUCGACGACUCUAGCGCGCUCCUCGCUCAGGCUCUCAAGGACCAGGACAUGGACGACGAUGACGACGUUGCUGCCGCGAGGGGCUCCGCCGACGAGGACGAGGAGAGUGUUGACGAGGACUUCCAGGCCGAGAGCGAGAGUGACGUUGCCGAGGAGUAUGAUAGCGCGCAUGAGAGCUCUGGCGGAAGUGAUGAUGAGGAUGGACCCGGUGGGGAGGAGGACGAAGAUGAGGAUGAGGAGAUGAGGGACGUGGAGGUCGAGGUUCGUGAGGAUGGUCCCGCAAAGAAGAAGGUCAAGACUUCGAAGAAGUAGAUUGCAACCUUUCCGCCCGCCGUUAGAUUGGGUUUUUACUGGGGGGUAGUGUGCAGGGUCAUUGUGGGAGAGUCUUGUAUCUUACAUGCUGCUUUUUUCUUUCAUAUUCUUUUUCCCUUCCACUAUAAUGGAUACCAAGUUGGG